AGGGCACAGGAAGAUCCUCCACGACGAGCCUCCACUUCGGCGCAUGUAUGUUUAGAAGCCGAUUCCCUUUUAACAUCCGAGCUCACCUCGGAGCCUGUAUUGAGAAAAGUUAAAGUUCCUCGAAUCGGAUUAUAUGAUGGAACGUCGGAUCCUGACUCACACCUCGGUCAUUAUACAUCAUGGAUGGACCUCCAUGGGGCCUCGGACGCACUUCGGUGUCGCAUGUUUUCUCUCACUCUGGGGCCUCGAGCUCAAAAAUGGUACCACUCUUUGCCCCCUCAUUCAAUUUGGAAGUGGCAACAGUUGAGGUCGGCUUUCCGAUCUCAUUUCAUUGGGGCCCAAGUUUGUUUGGUUCCGAAAGAGUCUCUUGCAAAUGUAACUCAAAAAGAUGAUGAAAGUGUCAAGGAUUAUAUUGCUCGAUUUAAUGAACGAGUUCAGAAUAUGGAGCCAUGUCGUCCCGAAACCCUGCUUGUUAUGGCUAUUGCGGUACUAACACCGAAUUCUAUUUUUCGCUGGACAUUAUGUCAGAACAAGCCAAACACCUUCCAGGAAUUCCUUGCCGGAGCCCAGCAACAUAUUAUUGCCGAGGAAGCAAUGUCGGUCCCCGAUUUUAAUUUCAAUCCGAAGUCAUCCAAGUCGGGAACCGAUGACAGGAAGAAAAACAAAUCCUUUGAUAAGCAAAACAAGGCUCAAUUUCGAGGUUACCCCCUGGGAAACGCCAACGACCCCGAAAUUAGGGCGGCCCGAAAACAGUACGCUACCGACGUGAAAUCCGGUUACCAAACCGUUUAUUCAGCUGGGGCUGCCACCAUCUAUGAAGAGAUCAAAGGAAAAGGUAUCCUGCCCGAUCCUAAACCACUUCGGAUGCCUGAAGAAAAACUAGAUAAAUCUCGGUAUUGUGACUAUCAUAAAUCACCGGGGCACAACACCGAUGAGUGUUUAAGCUUGUUAGCUGCCCUAUUACGUUUAAUCGGUCAUCCACAACUCAGGAAGUUCUAUCGCAACUCUGAUACCCAGAAACGGGGGGCGGAACGUCAAAUUGAACCUUAUGAUGAAGAUGAGGAUGAAGACCGAGGUAUUAGUCUACCUGUCAGGUUUGGUACAGCUGAACAUGUCACAAAACUUGUCAUGGAAACCUUUAAAGUUCUCGACAUCAAUAAUGAAUAUAACGCCAUCAUUGGGAGGACUGCCUUAUACAACCUCCGAGCUGCUGUUUCCAUUUUUCAUUACGCACUUAAAUUUCCGACUACCUGCGGAGAAGGAACACAUUAUGGAGACCAAAGAGAAGCUCGAGAACUCAUCACCUUUAUACCAUCCACCGGAGUCCAUUCCGUCAAUUCGGUCGACGAGAGAAUUCCCCGCCCAUUGAUCACCUCGGACAACACCAUUUCCGAGGAUCCAAGUCCUGAUCCUGAUGUUCUCUUCACGUCGGAUCCUUUAACCGAGGACCGAGGUAGAAGACCUGGGAAAGAACCAAGUCAAGAAGACGAUGAAUUGGACCCAAGAACUCAAUUCAAAGAGAAAA